GAACCAACCCCUGGCUGCACGGCUUCAACCUUCGAGUCCGCCUGCUGCCGAAGCCGAACAACUGAGCAAGUGAGCAAAGAGAGAAACCCAUCGGAGAUGGCGGGACGCGCCGUCGCCUUGCUCCUCGCCGUCGCGCUCGCGGCCGUCGUCCUGCACCCCGCCCCGGCGGCGGCGGCGGGGCAGAAGAAGCCGGCGACGGCCGCGAGGCGGGAGGACAUCCCCUACAUCCGGUGCCAGGUGUGCGAGCGGAUCGCGCGCGAGAUCUCCGCGCAGGUCGCCAAGAAGCAGCAGGCGCUCCCGCCCUCCAAGAAGGUGCCGGAGAUCGAGAUCAUCGACAUCGCGGAGAAUGUGUGCAACCUUAAGAAGCAGGAGGCGGAUUGGAUGCUCCGGAUCGAUAUCGUCGAGAAAGGCGACAAGCUGGAGCUUGUUGAGCAAGACGAGGAAGGGCAUUGUAAUGCAGAAUGUAAGACCAUUGAACGUGCUUGUCAGGAGGUGAUUGGAUAUGCUGAUACUGAUGUCGCUGAGUUUGUUUACAAAAACAACCCCUCAGUUGACCAACUGAUGAAAUUUCUCUGUAAAGAUCUAUCCAAAGCGUGUGCCAAGGACCCACCACCGGUUCCAAAAGAUCGGGUCCCUGGAGAGCCAUUUGCUAGAAAGCCAUCUAAAGAUGCAGAGAUGGAAAAGAUAUUGAGAUCAAUGGAGGGUAUGCCCGGAGCCCCAAGCAUGAAGAUGUACUCAAGAGACGAUCUGAUGAAAAAUAACUUCGGUACUGAAGACGAUGAUGAUGAGGAUGAUGAAGAUGAGGAGGAUAACUUCCCAAAGAACUUGGGGAAGGUUCUGAAAGACAGAGGUUCUCAAAAGAAAGAUUUGAAACAGCAAGUCGUGCAACAGUUCAAGGAUACCAGCAAGAAGUUGAAAGGGCAUGUAAACCAGGUGUCCAAGAUGGUAAAGAAAUGGUGGCAAGGGACGAAGAAGCCUGCAAAAUCUGGUAAAAGCAAAACUGAACUCUGAAGACCAAGUACUGGCAAAUCAGUUCAGUAAAUUCAUCCAUCUUCCGCUUUCCUGGAGCAAAGUUUUGGAUGAUCUUCGGAAGAUAAGCCACAUAUCUUUUGAUAGAGUUUAGCUACAUAAUGUGUACAAUUUUUUUUUCAAUUACUUUCAGUGUACACUAGAACUAGAAUCUGGAGCUCAACUGGGAACUACAGAUAGUUUACCAGGCUAGUAAAGUUUGAGACUUGGUGUGACAUACUUCGUUGUAAAACAAUUGGCCAUAACAUCAUCUCUGAGCUGCUGGAGGUUUACACAGGCAGGCAUUGUCCAAA